CCUCUGCUCUCUCCCCUCCAGUGGGGUUCCUUGCCUCCCACCUUCAGGUAGACACCCAGCCUGAGCGUUGUCCUGCAGUCCCGUUACCCAGCUCCCUGGGGUCUCUGUGCAGUACAAGACUCUUGCCUUAGAGGCACUUCCUGCCACAUCUUUCCUGGAGAGCAGCGGCGUGGAGGCAGUUGUUGAAUCCUUCCACGAGGCCUCUGUCCGGCAGAUGCUUCUUGCCUGGGAGUGGUGUCGCUGCUGUGGCAUCAGGCAGUCAGCGCUGAACCCAACGUGAGGAUUUGCAGAGCCAACGCUUUAGAUGCUGCAGGAAGAGUCUCAUCUUAGACAAGCAGCUCAGGCCGUUCUACUUUGAGAAAUAUAUUCUGAGCAGUGUAAAUGUUCUUCAUACUACACAAAUUACAUAGCUCAGUUACUGAGUGCCUGCCAGUUAAUGUUUCUUUGCACUAAUGUUAGUACUUAGAGGCCCAUUUUUCUGUAUACUAAACUAUACUGAAUUUUAGGGUAUAGUCUUUUCCUGGUCUCAUGUUGAUAUCUGAGUGACAGUUCUGAUUCACGUGUCCUCCUGGACUUAGUGUUCUCAUCCCUCCCUCUCCAGCUGAAGUGGAGCCCUUUACCACUGCACAUCACAGCCCAGAACAUUACUGUAAGCAGCAAUGGUGGUCUGAAGUGACCUACUAGGCUUUAAAGCCCAGCAGCUGAGGAGCAGGUGCAUUCUUUUUUCUCUACUCAUAACUGUGAGAACAAUAACCUUCAGCAGAGCAGGUUCAGUAGCUGGAAUUUAAGUCGCCUGUACCGGAAUAACCAAUGUUCCUGAGUCAGAGCCCGUUUUGAGUUUUCAGGCCUUUAGCAUCUAAGAGGUUUAGUGGUUUAAUGUAAUCUGACGUACUUGGAAACAGCAAAAAUUCUGAUAAGAUACUUGUGGGAGGUUAAAAAUUUGUACUGCAGCUGAAUAAAACUAGGUCUGAAAUCUGAAGGAUGGCAGCAAAUCCUUCAGGACAAGGUUUCCAGAAUAAAAAUAGAGUUGCAAUCCUGGCAGAACUAGACAAGGAGAAGAGAAAGUUACUUAUGCAAAACCAAUCUUCUACAAAUCACCCGGGAGCCAGCAUUGCACUUGCAAGAUCACCGCUGAACAAGGAUUUCCGCGAUCAUGCUGAGCAACAGCACAUUGCAGCACAGCAGAAGGCUGCGCUGCAGCACGCACACGCACAUUCCUCAGGAUACUUCAUAACUCAAGACUCUGCAUUUGGAAAUCUUAUUCUUCCUGUCUUACCUCGACUUGAGGCAGAAUGAGAAAUGUUAUUUCUCAGAAGUGCGAGGUCUGAUUUUGUCCAUAGCAAGAGCUGUCACCUCUCAAAGCUGUUUGAAGUGGUUUGUCAAAGCAGCUGAGGAGACGAUUUUAAGAAAAGUUUCUGAUCUUGUAAUUUUGUUACCUUUGUAUAUUAAAUCCUAUUUUAUUCUGGAUUCAUAUGAUUGCCUUCUGGGGAAAUCAGAGGCAACAAUGAAAAAGCAGUGUUUCUGAGUACAAAAGUGAUUGUGUCCUGUAUUUCUUUUCCUUUCUCAGCUCACAGUCAGAGAUAAGACUGGAUGUGUGGUGCAUAAAGUGCAUAGUGCUUGCUCUUCUCAUUUGCGUUUCUGUGCUUCCUUUAAGUAAACGUCCCAACCAGAAUCGUCAAGAGAUGUGCUUUUUCUCAGCUUUUGUGUGCCUCCUUAUUGUGUCCAAGUACUGUAUUUGGCUUUAAUUAAAGAUUACAAAGUCACUUUUAUCCUUCAAAACAGACAUGGAUUUAUUGAAAUCAUCACUUUGUUUUGCUGCAUGCAGGAACUGUACUGGUGCACGCUGCUGUUGAAGCAAUAUCGUGUCUUCUGAAGUCCUUAGAUACAAUGUGCCUGCCUCUAAUUUUGUUUUAUUAACUAUGAAUGAAUUAAAGUCACCCAGGUAGGAGAAAAGCAAAAUUUGUUUCAAACCAUCCUUUCAGGGACAAAACAAAGAAGCCUCUUACUUCUCUGGGCAACUACAAGGAUAAUGCAGUUCAAAAGGUCAUCUGUCUAGUUGUGUCGUUUUCAACACUUCAAGUGUGUUUCAUGUUUAUUGCCUCUUUUCUGUGCUAUUUUCAACUGUGGUAACCAAUUCCAGUUCCAUAUUGAAAGAAAAUCUGUUGUCUUAAGGUAAAUUAUUUUAGAAUCUGUAUACAGUAGCUGUUAAUAAAAAAAAAAAAAAAAAAAUCCCUGCAUAAACAGUCUUAGUAUCUCCAUAGCUCUAGGUGUGCAAUUAUAGUAGUACAAUUAUAUUGAUUACUUUUCCCAUGGAGACAAGAUUUAAGAAGCGAGGAGAAGAAGGGGACUUUAGUGAAAAUCGGACAUCAAGAAGCAGCUAUUAAAUUGGUGCUUGCCUGAGCUUGCUGUCUUCUGUGGAACCGUAACUGUUGCAUGUAGUUUUCAGGGUUGCAGAGAUAAUUUCAGAAGCAUGGACAGCAUGUAAUGAGUGUAGGAGGCAAUUAGUGGAUUUCCACAGAGACUUUCAAGGUCCCCUAUUUCUUUCUGCAGGCAUUUGCCUCAAUGCAGUGAGGGUUGUUGAACUACUAGCACUGCUAACUUGUGUAAGAAAACGGAGCAAGGACCAAGAGAUUAGUGCAGGUCUCUUUGAGAGAAUGGUGAUGUGAGGCAAAUGCCACCAGUUUUGUUUACCUCACUUCAGUAAGGACCAUUGCAGAAGCUGUGGCAUGCUGAAGCCUCUUCAAGAAGAGGAAUUUGGUAGAGUAGGCCUGAUGGAACUUAAAGAUGUGCAGUUGUAUUAGGAACUACUCGUAUCAGGUACUUUUUGAUUGUGGUCUGAUUUUGAGAGUCAUGGGAAUGAUUAUGGUUUUGAUUAUGGUUUUUGGGGGCAGUGUAGAAAAGUACUGUCACUUCUGUUACUGGUUUGCAGUGUGUAGCUCUCUUUUUUUUUUUUUUUUUUAAUUGGCAGCUUUGCAGUAAAGCCACCCUAGCUACUCAUUGUUCUGCAAUGUGAGCUGAGCAUCGUAGAGAUGUUGAAUAAGCAGGCCUGAGCUCUGUGUGCGUGAGAGGCAACUGUGAAUCAGUCCAAACUUGGAAACAAAGAAGGGCAAAGAAGGUAAAGCAGAUAUAUCAGGAAGUACAGAUUUUUAGUUUAAUAGCCGAGUUAAAAAUAUAGGUUAGACAUUUCGUGUUAGAGGAGCUUCUUUUAACAGUUGAGAAAAGUGAGCAAAGACCGUCAGCUUUCUCUGGAAACAGCCCCUCUGUGUAAACAAAUUGAAAGUUAGAAUCUCUGUGUUAAUGCACAAAGUGCAUAUGAUCCGAGCAGUGACACAGUCAAGACCCUUCUCCUUUAUAAAUCCACAGUUGCACCAUUAAAGUAGCUUAAACUA